ACUUGGUCUUCAUGUGAACACCUCUUUCGAGAAUACUUAUCUUGUCGCUCUCUGCAUCCACAUAUAACAUGGGCGAACGCCAGUUCCCAUCCAGCCUUUCCUCGUCCCGGCCAUGACUGUCACCGUCAACAAAGCAUUAUACGAUGAACAAGGGUACAUCAUUGUCCCAAAUCUCAUUCCUCCAGAGACAUUCGAGGCUCUCAAAGAGGCUUGUGAUCAUGCUAUAGCCAAGACCAGGACCGGAUCAUGGCCCCACCGGCGCACCGUCGGAAGACAGUUCCCUCCUUUCGACGAUAGCAAUCCAGAUUCAUGGGGCGUUCAACAUGUCAUGCAUCCCGACCUUGGGGAGCCCGUGUUCGCGGAGUGGUACACCUCGGAUGCGUUCAUUAAUGUUUCGAAGGAGUUGAUGCAGUGCGAUGAGAAUGAGCUGCAGAUGGAACUCUUUAACUUGUUGAUUAACCCACUGGAACACGAUUUUGCUCUUCGGUGGCAUCGUGAUGAUGUGCGAGAAAAUGCCACUACUGAGGAAGAAGUUGUUGCUCUUGCGCUCUGGACGCAUGGAGUCCAAUGGAAUACCGCUUUGUACGAGGACUCUUGUCUCUACCUCGUCCCAAAGACCCAUAAACUGCCAAGAACGGAGGUUCAGCGAGCUCAGUCAAUGACACAAGCACCACCUGCGAAUCCUUUAGACAUGCCGGGAGCGAUUCAAGUCACCUUGCAACCCGGCGAAACUGUGUUCUACAACAACAAUAUAUUACACUGCGGAGCAUACAACUCGAAACAGCGCCGCGCGACGCUUCAUGGGUGCAUGGGCGACACACGCGGUGGGUCGACAAGAGCUCAGAAUGUCCUCCAGCAUGGACUUUUAUGGAUGACUGAGAACCGCUUUCGUGAUCGGCUGAAUGAGAGAGGGAAGAGGAUGCUCCAGGCUCUCAUUGAUAUGAAGGAGGGUGUUAAGGGCGACCUUGGAUAUUCUCAAGUCAACUAGGUGUUUAACAGAUUGAAGUUACCUAGUGCUUGAAGCUUGGAGGGGAUCUGUCGAGCGCUAGCUGUGUUGAGAUUCAAGCGGCUGUACUAGUCUACUGGUAGAAGUUUUCCAAUGAUGGUUCUGUUCCCA